AUGUCCGUCACAAAAUCGAAUCACAAUUUGGAUGUUGUACACCAUGGUAUUGUAUUGAUUAGUGAUGGGAAUUCGACAUCAAGACCUUCGAGAUUAUUAUUGUCAAAAGGUAUGUUUAUAAUUAUUAAAAAAUUCGAUGAAAAUUGGACUUUUACGUAGUUUUACUGAUAUUUUUAGAUUUGUACUAGGCAGGAGAAAAGUCCUAAAAUUAUUCAAAAUACAAAAAUUUAGAGAAACCACUACAAUAUUCUAGAUUUUUGGCGUAGCUAAUUUUAUAUUUGUACUUGGUAGAAAAAAUAAUAAAAAUACAAACAAUCUAGCACAAAUUUACAACAAUAUCAUUUAUAUCACUGAAUAUGUAUAGUGUGUUUGAAAAAUUUUAAGACUGUGAUUAGCGUUUCUAGAAAAAAUAUAAAAUUUUGAAAAUCUUCUUGUUUGAUCCUAAUCCUAAAGUGCAAAACCGAACGUCAAUCGAAGAUAUUAUAUUGUUUUAUUUUUUCAAAUUUUGAGGGACGAAUAUUAUCUGAAUAUGUAUGUUUCUUUAUCUUCAUCAAUCAAAAAUCGGCAAAGAUAACUUUAGCUCGAAAAAAUGUUACAUGGCAAAACCCCAUUCUUAUGUUUUCUCAUUAUAUACAUCAAGAACUAUGCUACCCAAACAAAAUAGAAAAAUUCCCACUUGAAAAUUAAUUACAUGUACGACUCGCUAAAAAAAACCAACCUUAAUACUGAAAAUAACGAAAUAUGUCAAAACAUUAUUCUGACCAAAGAUUUCUUUGCAAAAAAUUAAAAAUUGCCCCAAUUUUCAACUCAUUAUUUUUUACAGAUGAGUUAUGUAUUCAAGUAAUUGACGAUGGGACUGCAGAACCCGAAGAGGCACGAGAAAGUCUUAUGGAAAAUGCAACACGACAAGUUGUGAUCAUCAAAAAACCCGGGUCAGGUUUUGGACUCUCAAUUAAGGUGAAUAUUUUCUGAAUUUUAAAUAAACUUCAAACAAUAGGAAAAUCUUUUAGGGUGGAUCAGAAAACUCACAAAAUAUGCCAAUUGUAAUCUCAAAAAUCUUCCCCGGAUUACCUGCAGAUGAAUGUGGCGAACUUUUUGUUGGAGAUGCGAUUGUAGAAGUCAACGGUGUUUCAAUUGAAGGUUUGAUAUGAGCAAUAUUAGACAUUUCAACAAAAAAAAAAAGAAAUUUAGGUCAAAGUCAUGAUGAGGUGGUUCAAAUGUUGAAAUCAAAUGGGGAUCGAGUGACUCUUGGAGUACGCCACUAUACUCAUAUGACGCCUUUUUUGAAGUGAGUGAAAAAGAAACCAAACAUGUCUUGGCUUAUGUGCGUGGAAGAAAAGAAAAAACCACACACAAACAUACACCAUUUAAAAUUCAAAAAUCCCCUCCUCUUUUCUUCCAUCUUUUUUUUUCUCGCAUUUUUCCAUAAGAUUGAUAGAUUUAUGUCUUUUUAGGCCUGCUCAGUCUCUUCAACCAGAUGGAACAUUAGACCAGUUAUUUGAUGGAAAAAGUUCGAGGGUAAGAAAGAAAAAAAAGAACUGAAAAAAGUAUAUACAUAUUUUUGUUCCUAAAUAAUUCAAUUUGCUGACAAAAAGCGAGACAAUUUUCUUUUAGUUCAUACGUCUUUCGACUUUUCUUUUUUUCUUUUCAGCAAAGAGAGAAUGGGAAAUACUGACAAGGGAAAACUUUUUGAGACUAACUUUUUUUUUAACUGGAUCAAUUGAAAAUGACUCAAACGAGCUCAAAAAUUGCAAUUUGUCAGCUCGAAAAAAUUGGACAAAAUUAUUUAAAAUUCAUGAAAAAAAAUUUCCAAAACAUUGAGUUUUGAAAAUAUCUGAAAAAUCCCAUGACAUCAAAAAGACGCAAAUGAUUCGAAAACUGAAAAAUUCAGUUUAUAAAAAACUGAUAAUUUCUAGCUCACAAAAAAUCCUUUUCAAACCUUAAACUUAUUUCCAGUCGAAAAAAUCUCAAUCCGAAGUAGGAUUAAACGAAUCAAAAUGGCAGCAACAAAUUGAUGGAAAAGAUAGAAAAUGGAAAACGCUGACUUCGCUGCCAUUGGCGAUGGCGUAUGUCACCAGAUACCUUUGGGGAACUGACAAUAUCAGGUUGCGUUUUUGAAAAAUACAAAUAAAUGCAAAAAAAAUCUCGGAUUUCUUUUCAGAACAAAUUCAUUCGAAGUCAGAUCUGUUGAUGGGCGAUCUUCUGGAAUUGUGCAUUGUGAAGAUACGGCUGCUUUAGAGCAAUGGAUAUCGCAUAUUAGUAAACAUAUUUUGUCGUUGAAUCAUAAAAGUAUUAAAAUGAGCAAUAAGUAUCUUCAUCAGAGUGAGCAGGUAUUAUUUUCAAUUGUAUUUUUUAAAAAAGUUGACAAGUUCUCAAAAAUUAUUUAAAAAAGUUUAGAUUAUUUCUAAAUGUUUCAGAUAAGCUACAUUGGUUGGGUCAAUGAAUAUUUAGACGAUGACAAUCAGGAAGAAUUGAAAAUCCGAUGGCAACCAAGAUUUCUGAUUCUCAAAGGUUCGGAUGUCUGUUUUUUUGAUGUCCCACCAGUGAGUCAAAUGUUUUUUUUUCAAAUUCUUAAAAUGAUCCAUCAAAUCCUUAAAAAUUUUCCAGCUGAACUCUGAAGAUCUCAACAAAUGUAUCUAUCUUUAUAAAUGCUAUGACGUGGCAGUGAAACAAGUGCUAAAUAGUAGUCCAAGACGAGAUAAACGUGAUAAUUGUUUUUUGAUCGAGACACCUUUGCAAAUUGCAAAUCAUUAUUUAUCAUUUGAAUCGGCUAGUGCUUUUGAUCUUUUUGAGCAGGCUUAUUAUCGAACUGUUUACAAUACCGUUUCGCAAAUGCAGGUAGGAUUUUUUGAAUAGUUGAUAAUUACUAUGUAUCGAAGUUUGUUCUGGAGGAAUAAUGUUCUAAAUAGUAUAUAUUUUCAGAGUCGAACAUUUGCUUGCAAUUUUGAAGGAAGACCAAGUGGAAUUGUUUUUGAUAUCAAGCAAGGAAUUAGUUUAUACGAUAUUCCAACAAAGGUAACUUUCGACUUUAACUAAACAUUUAUAAUUCUAUUUUUCAGAGUUACAUCUGGCAAUAUCGAUUCCGCGAUCUCAACGCCGUUGCCGAUGAUGGAAAAUUAUGUGUUCAACUUUCAUUCAAUGAUGAUCGAUCUCUAAACAGUAACAAAAUCGAGGUGAAAGAUAUUGAAUGUGAAGAUGUCGUUACGGUAGUUUUCAAUCUUCACUCUUUUGUGCUUGCGAAAAUUGUUUCGUCUGAUCCAGAUUAUUUAAAAACCAAUCGAUUUGUUGGAAAUGCUGAAGACUAA